UGCGUUUUCGCUACAAGUGGAGUGGGAUUAACACAAACAUAAUUCCGCCCUGCUUGGCUAGUUCCAUAUAACAAGUACGGGUAAAUUAAGAGAUUCAAAAUCAAGCAUGGAGAAUGAUACUAGUUUUCCCCAUAAAGAUGCCAACCCAGUGGUUUUCUUCGAUGUGGCCCUAGGAGGGGAGCCUCUUGGUCGUAUCAAGAUGGAGCUUUUUGCGAACGUCACUCCGCGCACGGCAGAAAACUUUCGGCAGUUCUGUACUGGAGAGAAUAAAAACGCCCAGGGGCGAUCCCAAGGAUACAAGAAUUGCAAAUUCCAUCGCGUGAUCAAAGAUUUUAUGAUCCAGGGAGGUGAUUUCAUAAAUGGCGACGGGACAGGGUCCUGUACCAUAUACGGAACAUCGAGGUUUGCGGACGAGAAUUUUGCACUUAAGCAUAAACAUACAGGCAUGCUAAGCAUGGCGGUAUGUUUCCGACCUUUGAAUACGAUCGCGAGCUUGGCUACUAACAUCACAGAACUCCGGCCCUAACACAAAUGGGUGCCAAUUCUUCAUAACAACUACUGCCACCCCGUUUCUCGAUGGUAAGCAUGUUGUCUUUGGCCAGGUGGUAGACGGGAUGGAGAUCGUGC